AAGAACUUUAGGUAGUCUUCGUCACAGAAAUCUGCAUGUGCAUGUGCAUUUAUUUACUUACUUUUUCAUUCUCUUGUUUAUUCUUCUUUACACAUACACUCAUUCCCUCGAGCCUGCCGUAACCCCUUUACAGUUGAAGAAUGGCGCCGACUGCUGAUAAAAAGGCAGACGACCUCUUGAGGCGGCCCCUCUACGUCUACGAUUUGCCCCACGAAGUCCUCUCAACCCUCACACUCAAAGCCGACGCCGAGUCGCACGAUCUCGACCUUGGCACCGAGUCAUCGGCGCCGUCUAGUCAUUCGUCACAAGACCCAGCGCAAAACGCAUCUGCCGGGACCCUCGUCGUCGGAUCGCAAGCAUGCUCGCUCUGCGGCCUGUCGUUUGCGAGCGUCGACGACCAGCGCAGCCAUCAGAAGUCCGAUUGGCACCACUACAAUCUAAAGCUGAAGCUACGAGGAUCCAAACCCGUCUCUGAAGUCGAAUUUGAAAAGCUGAUCGGUAAUCUGGACGAGAGUCUGUCGGGAUCCGAGUCCUCUGAAUCCGAUGACGACGAAGACGACCAGAAUUCCAAGGAGAGCACCUUGACUGCCUUGCUGAAGAAGCAGGCCACAAUCGCGGAUCGAAAUGCCCGCCAGAACGGCGCAGACGCAGGCGCAGACGAGGAAGAUGAUGACUCAAACAGAAAAAGACAAAGAGGAAGCGGUAAACCGCCAUUGCUGUGGUUUAGUUCCCCCUUACUGCCGACGAACAACUACUUUGGCAUCUACCGUACAAUAUUCUCAUCAGAAGACUUGAAGGACGAGUCCAAAAUCGCCAAGGUUAUAAAAGAAAAACAGCUAGCUCCGAUUACAAUACCAAAGCCGAAGGCAGAUGGAAGCCUUGCGCCUCAAGCAUAUAAAGGACCACAUAUCUUUAUGUGCAUGAUCGGCGGUGGCCAUUUCGCUGCGAUGGUGGUGUCACUCGCACCCAGACAGACAAAACAUGGUACAGUUGGUCCUAUGAAUAGGGAGGCAACGGUCCUCGCACACAAGACUUUCCAUCGGUAUACCACGAGAAGGAAACAAGGUGGUUCCCAAUCAGCCAAUGAUAAUGCUAAAGGGAACGCGCACUCUGCCGGCUCUAGCAUUCGUCGGUACAACGAGCAAGCUCUCACAGACGAAGUUCGCCUCCUCCUACAAGACUGGAAAGGUCUCCUUGAUACCGCGGAGCUUCUCUUCAUCCGCGCGACGGGUGCCACAAACCGGAGGACUCUCUUCGGCCCUUACGAAGGCCAAGUUUUACGAGCGAAUGACCCACGUAUUCGGGGAUUCCCAUUCAGCACGCGGCGAGCCACCCAGAACGAGUUGAUGCGCUCCUUCAUAGAGCUCACCCGGCUUAAAGUUAGAGAGAUCGAUCCUACGCAAACAACAAAGCCUGCGCAGGAACCACCCACCAAGGCAGUACCAGCAAAAUUAAGCAAACCGGCAGCUCCAAAGCUGACAGAGGAAGAAGAGACGGCACAGUUGCACACAUCCCAACUUCAAGCGUUUAUCCGGCGUUCCAAGCUCCCCGCUCUUCUCACCUACCUUAAGAGCAACGAGUUACCACCAAACUACCGCUUUCAGCCGGCCGACUCGCAACAAAAUCACCACGCGCCAACGCCGCUUCAUCUAGCAGCAAGCCAGAACUCGGCAGCCCUUGUCUCGGGAUUACUCCUCAAAGCAGGCGCAGACCCAACGCUGCAAAGCAACGAGGGCAAAACACCCUUCGACCUCGCUGGCGAUCGCGCAACCCGCGACGCAUUCCGGGUAGCGCGCGAUGAGCUGGGGGAGUCGGCGUGGGAUUGGGAAGGAGCACAUGUCCCUGCGGCCCUGAAGCGUGUCGACGCAGAGCGGCGCGAGGAGCGCGAGCGCAACGAGGCUGGACGCAAGGAAGCGGAACGCCGAGCGGCUGAAGAGGUCCGGUUGCAGCGCGAGGGACCUAAAGUGGGAGAUGUGAAGAAGACGGGGAAGAGCAUCCUUGAUGCCGGCGUGCCCCGGUCCGCGCAGGAUCGCCGCGAGGAAGAGGCGAGGGGACUCACACCGGAACAGCGCUUGAAGCUGGAUCGCGAGCGCAGGGCGCGGGCGGCGGAAGAGCGGCUCAGGAGGAUGCGAUAGGGGCUAAAGGAUUAGGAUGAAUGGGUUGUUUCCCUGCCUUGACGGGGUACCUAUUAAUUAGUUGAUCCUAUUGCCGAUCUGGUCAACACUACUAUUACAACGAAUCUAACUACCUAUGUACAUACACAUAUAGCCGCUUCUUACGCGACACUUAGUAUACGUGUUCAGCAUAGCGAAGAUACCUACCUACAUUUACAUACUUAAGUGCGCAUUUAAACCAGAAAUAGAAAAGCAAGAAAAAACGCUAUAUAUCCACUCUACCUACUUGCGAGCGAGCUGAAUAGGCGCGCGGUGAACUGCAUUGGGUAUAUACCAGACGAUUGCGGUGAUGAUUUUC